AUGGAGUUGCUUACAUGGAUGGCUUGCUUAUGUCCUAAAGAUGGAUUAUCUUCUUUCUACACGGAAAAGGUACUUAAACUUGCCAUUCUUUAUCCUUCCGAAUUUACAACUAAUGAUUUAGAUACUCUUGAUUGUCAACUUGAUAUAUUCAUGGAAGUUAUGCGAGAUGAUAGUGGUGACUUCCAAGAUGUCAAUGAUCUUUCUUCCCUUUCAAUGAAGUUUGUUGAAACAAAUAGGAAUGAAGCUUAUCCACUUAUGUUUUUGCUCAUCAAGUUGAUUCUUCUGGUUGCUACGGCAAGUGUGGAAAGAGUGUUUUCGGGAAUGACUUACAUAAGUCGCGAAAUAGCAUGGGUGAUCAAUUUUUAA